UGGUGGUGAGAAAUUCAACUAAACAUAUUUUUCGAAAUUUUCGAAAACUUUUCUCCGAUCCCAAGUUGUCAUAAAAUAUUUAUUGAAAACGAAAUUAAGAAGUAUUUUUAAAGUUAUGGCCCUUACUUCCGAAUUGAAAAUGCUUUUGAUUACUCGGGGAACAUUUGGACAGCUUCGCAGAAUUCAUGCUUCAGCAGCUGCACAAGCGGCAGAGCGUUUGAAGGCUUUUGAAAUCUACAGAUGGAAUCCGGAUAAACCUGGCGAGAAGCCUCACAUGCAAACAUACAAAGUGGAUCUAAAUACCUGUGGCCCUAUGGUAUUAGAUGCUUUGAUCAAAAUUAAAAACGAAAUGGAUCCAACUUUAACUUUCCGUCGUUCAUGUCGUGAAGGAAUUUGCGGAUCUUGCGCUAUGAACAUCGGUGGAACAAACACUUUGGCUUGUAUCAGCAAGAUCGAUGGAGGUGACCUGAAUAAACCUGUGAAGAUCUAUCCAUUGCCUCAUAUGUAUGUUGUGAAAGAUCUCGUUCCUGAUAUGAACAACUUUUACGAACAAUAUCGUUCGAUUCAACCGUGGUUGCAACGAAAAGAUGAGAAAACAGAAGAGAAAGGCAACGCGCAGUACUUACAAUCAGUUGAUGAUCGAGCAAAGCUUGAUGGACUUUAUGAAUGUAUUUUAUGUGCUUGCUGUUCAACGUCGUGUCCAUCUUAUUGGUGGAAUGGCGACAAAUACUUGGGACCAGCAGUUCUCAUGCAAGCUUAUCGUUGGAUUAUUGACUCACGUGAUGAGUCAACGAAAUCUCGCUUGGAUCAAUUGAGAGAUCCAUUCAGUGUGUAUCGUUGUCACACAAUCAUGAACUGCACACGAACAUGUCCUAAAGGCUUAAAUCCUGGCAAAGCGAUUGCUGAAAUUAAGAAACUUUUGGGUGGCAUCGCAACAAAAGAUCAACCAGGAUUGGAAACUGCAGCACUCCACAAGAAAUAACUUUCUUCAAGUAGAUGAAUUGCAAAUGUUAAUUAAUUAUUUAUAAACAGAAUAAAAGAAGUCACAACAAGCAACGAAA